AACGUUUAUCAAUUAUCAUCCAACUAUCUGAUCUCAUUGGAUAAGUGGGCCCAUGUUUUUUUCCCUUUUCCUGUGAACUAAAACAAUGUAAAUAUACAUGUGGUUGUGAAAUUAGCAAUUUUGAACCCUUGUUCUGUCGUCCUCGGAUAGGAGCAGGCAAACAGAAUACCAAUGGUUUCAACAAUAGGAAGAAGCUUUAAUUUUCAGCCAUGCUUCUUAUUCAAUAGCAAGACCGUCGAUAAAUCAUUAACAGCAAGAGGACACUCCUGGCUUUGGCCAACUGCUGCAGGAGUAGGAGCCACUGCACCUGAUAGGCAAAUUCGUGCAGCAGCGGAACAGCGACCCACAUGGCUCCCAGGACUAGAUCCCCCAACUUAUCUUGAUGGAACUCUGGCUGGAGAUUAUGGGUUCGACCCACUUGGGCUUGGAGAGGAUCCUGAAAGCUUAAAGUGGUAUGUGCAAGCAGAGUUGGUUCAUGCUCGUUUUGCAAUGCUUGGUGUCUUGGGAAUUCUAGUCACAGAUCUACUUCGCGUUGCAGGAAUUAGUAAGAUACCGGUUUGGUUUGAAGCUGGUGCAGUAAAAUACGAGCUUGCCAACACGGGAACGCUCGUCAUUGUUCAACUACUAUUGAUGGGGUUUGCUGAAACAAAAAGGUACAUGGAUUUUAUUAAUCCUGGAUCUCAAGCUAAGGACGGUUCCUUCUUUGGAUUGGAAGCUUCGCUAGAAGGCUUAGAACCAGGGUACCCUGGGGGUCCUCUGCUAAAUCCUCUUGGCUUAGCUAGAGACAUUAAAAGUGCUCAUGACUGGAAGCUUAAAGAGAUCAAGAACGGGCGACUUGCAAUGGUGGCAAUACUUGGCAUCUUUAUACAAGCUUCAGUGACACAUGUUGGACCAAUUGAUAACCUUGUGGAGCAUCUCUCCAAUCCCUGGCAUAAAACUAUUAUUCAGACCCUUGCAAGUUCUAGUUCUUAGUUUUUGAGAAGUACCUGUAUUAGUUUUAUGGAACUUAUACUUGAUUCAUAAAACCAAAUUCUUUCUUUCAGCUUUGGGAAAUGACCUUAAAAGUGUUUUCCCUUUUAUUUUAUAUAACGUCUCAAAGCAACUCAUGCCAA